CUCUAUCGAUCUCACUGAAAACGUGGAAAUCUCUGAAUUUCUCUCUCUCCAAAUACGCGGAGAACCUGUGUCCACACGUAACUUUCACCAUGCUGCUCUCAUUCAACGCCAACACCCCCCAUUUUCUGUUUCUGUCAUUGGCAGAGAAAGGCAUUUGGUUGUUUGAUCAGAAGACGAGAGAGAAAGAUCAGUGGAGUGAUGGAGAGUACAUUGAAGGAGAUGAGGAAUGGGGAAUCUGUGCUCGAUAUGACUGAUGAAAGAGGAGUUGGUGGUGGCGUUGGGGAUAUCUAUGGGGAGGAUAGAGCCACAGAGGAUCAGCUUCUAACCCCCUGGAGUUUUACUAUCGCCAGUGGUCAUAGUUUGUUGCGAGACCCACGCUACAACAAAGGCCUUGCCUUCACUGAAGCAGAAAGAGAUGCUCAUUACUUGCGUGGUCUUCUACCUCCAGUUAUACUGUCUCAGGAACAUCAGGAGAAGAGAUUGAUGCACACUCUUCGCCAAUAUCAAGUUCCCCUCCAUAGGUACAUGGCUAUGAUGGAUCUCCAGGAAAGAAAUGAGAGGCUGUUCUAUAAGCUUCUCAUCGACCAUGUUGAAGAGCUUUUACCUGUUGUUUACACCCCAGUAGUUGGUGAGGCUUGUCAGAAGUAUGGCAGCAUUUUCAGACGUCCACAGGGUCUUUACAUCAGCUUAAAAGAGAAGGGAAAAAUUUUUGAAGUAUUGAAAAAUUGGCCUGAGAGGAGUAUCCAAGUUAUUGUCGUGACUGAUGGUGAGCGAAUAUUAGGGCUUGGGGAUCUUGGCUGCCAGGGAAUGGGUAUUCCCGUUGGAAAGCUUUCUCUUUACACAGCCCUUGGAGGAGUUCGUCCUUCGGUAUGCCUGCCUGUAACAAUUGAUGUUGGCACAAAUAAUAAGCACUUGCUGGAGGAUGAGUUCUAUAUUGGACUCAGGCAGAGGAGGGCAACUGGGCAGGAAUAUGCUGAGCUUCUGGAUGAGUUCAUGUCUGCAGUUAAGCAAAACUAUGGGGAGAAAGUCCUUGUACAGUUUGAAGAUUUUGCAAAUCAUAAUGCAUUUGAGCUGCUCAAAAAGUAUGGGACAACUCAUCUUGUAUUCAAUGAUGAUAUACAGGGUACCGCCUCUGUUGUUCUAGCAGGACUUGUUGCCGCUUUAAGAUUAGUGGGAGGAGCUUUGGCUGACCAUACUUUCUUAUUUUUGGGUGCUGGAGAGGCUGGAACUGGUAUAGCAGAGCUCAUAGCACUAGAAGUAUCUAAGAAGACAAAAGCUCCAGUGGAAGAGGCCCGCAAGAAGAUUUGGCUCGUUGACUCAAAGGGACUGAUUGUUAGCUCUCGUAAGGAAUCCAUUCAGCAUUUCAAGCAGCCCUGGGCUCAUGAGCAUGAACCCAUUAAGGAGCUUGUAGAUGCUGUGAAGGCUAUAAAACCAUCAGUUCUGAUAGGAACUUCAGGUGUAGGAAAAACAUUUACCAAGGAAGUUGUGGAGGCCAUGGCAGCUCUGAAUGAGAAACCUCUCAUUCUUGCUCUAUCUAACCCAACUUCACAAUCCGAGUGUACUGCUGAAGAAGCUUAUACAUGGACUGAGGGACGUGCUAUCUUUGCUAGUGGAAGCCCAUUUGAUCCUGUCAAAUAUGAUGGCAAAGUUUUUAUCCCUGGCCAGGCAAAUAAUGCAUACAUUUUCCCUGGAUUUGGCUUAGGCAUUAUAAUGUCUGGUACAAUACGUGUGCAUGAUGACCUCUUGUUGGCAGCUUCGGAAGCUUUGGCUGGUCAAGUUACAGAGGAAAACUAUGAGAAGGGUCUUAUCUAUCCACCAUUCUCUAAUAUUAGAAAGAUAUCAGCACAUAUUGCAGCUAAUGUAGCAGCAAAGGCUUAUGAACUUGGUCUGGCUACCCGUCUCCCUCGCCCUCAGGAUCUCGUUAAAUAUGCAGAGAGCUGCAUGUACACUCCAGUCUACCGCCAAUAUCGCUGAUCUCAGAAAUCCUGCUUCCUUUGGAGUUUGCUGGUGGGAAACUAGUCAUUAAUGUUGGCCUCUACGUCCUUAAGCAUACAUAUGCAGCAAUUCGUUUUAGAGUUUACAUUCAACACACUGGCUGAUUCAUACCAUGAGCAGAAGAAAUUUUGACAGUUCAAUUUGUAGUUGUUUCUAGCCAUGGAAUUACUUCUCUGACUCUGUUUAGAAAAAUGAACCCAGAUCAAUGCUUAUUCAUUACUCUUUUAGGUGGAUCAUUAGUGUUUAAUGGUUUGUUGCUAGCAGCACUGAUGUUAUAUAAAGUGUUUGUACCCUAAACAAAAGAAAAUGAGAGGUACUAGUAUUCAGCUUCCUGUUCCUCUUUC